UAUAGUUGUUUUAUUUUGAAAUAUGUACUGGGAAGUGGCACGUUUCAACAAAACAGUGGGCGGGAGGAGAAGAGUGAAAAGCAGGAUAACGGGAAACUGCCCCGUUUGGGAAAUACAUCAAGCAGUGGCGAACGUGACCCAAAGUCUCGCCUCCACGCUUUAAAGUGAGAUGGCAAACAUGUGCCAGUAUGGCCAGUUCACCCACGCGAUUGUGCGGGGUAUCCCCGAGACCUUCGGGAAUGCGGACGGGGACAAAGACGCCAACAAGGAGAGCUCUGUGGACCUGGCCAAGGCUAAGCGUCAGUUUGGCUGUCUGACGGGGGCGCUGAGACAGAAAGUCGGCCUGCAGUUGAUCGAGAUCCCGCCCGAUCCAGAGCUGCCCAUGAGCUGGAGGAUAGAGGACGUGGCGGUGAUCCAAGGUGAUACGGCGCUGAUCACCAGGCCCUUCAGACAGCAGAGGCGUGGCGAGGCAGAGGCAGUUCGCAGGGUGAUGUCUGAGCUCGACCUGACGGUGGUGGAGAUGGAGGGGGAGCCCGGGGACUCCGGAGGAGCUACGCUGGAGGGCAGCGACGUCCUCUUCACGGGGAGGGAGUUCUUCGUAGGCAUCUCCUCCCACACCAACCACAAAGGGGCCGAGGUGCUGGCCGACACGUUUCGGGACUUUUCCGUGUCUACCGUGCCAGUCUGUGGUGGGAUUCGACUGAAAAACAUCUGCUCCAUGGGAGGGGCAAACACCAUCAUCAUCAGCAACGGUGACGGGGCCAGGAAGACUCUCAGGAUGAUGGAACAGCUGACCGACCACCACUACGACGUUCUCACCGUACCAGACCAAUCUGCAGCUAACUGCAUCUACAUAAAGGGUCCAUCCAAAAGAGACUUCCUGCUCCACAGGCCAGUGGAGGAAUGUCCUGACAGCAUGUCUGCUUUCCUGAAGCUGCAGGACUACACCUUCUUGCCUACAGCCUGCAGUGAGGCCGACAAGCUGGGAGCCUCUCUGUCCUCGCUUUGCCUUCUGGUCAAUAAGAAGCACACUUAUUUCUGAAAGACUACACAACCUAAUCGGCGGGGUCUCUUUAACUACAAGAAUGUAUUUGACCAAAAUCCCCAUUGUUGGAGGAAAUCACUUGCAUGAUUUACACAUGGAAACAUCAACUCUCAUUAGUUAAUUUUACACCUUUAGAACAGCUUUUGCUUGGACGACCAGAAGUUACUUUUGGAUUGAAGAUGAAUGAAAAUAUGCAUAUUGUGCUUUUGUCGUGGUGUUAGGACCGCAUUGUGCACUAGUGUUUUUAUAAUGCUUUGGUGAUUUAGCUCCCCGGGAUUCCAAAUAUUUGAAUCAUGCCUUUGUGUAGAUAGAAUUUGCUACAACUUUUGUAAUGAAUGUGAUUGUAAAAGUGCAACUAUUAAAGUGUUUAGUGAAUUCAACUUUGCC